AUGGACAUUGAAGACAUCCCCGACAUCGAGAGCCAUAGGGCCCUCAACAUAUGGAUCAUUGAGAACCUGAAGAUGGUGCCCGUGCCCGAGCAGUCUUACGGGAACUUCUUCGAGGAGCACUGCUACAUCGUCCUGCACGUCCCCCAGAGCCUGAAGGCCGCGCAGGGGGCAGCCAAGGACCUGCACUACUGGAUCGGCAAGAAGACGGACGCCGAGGCGCAGAGCAAGGCGGGGGCCUUCGUGCAGCUCCUGCAGGAGAGCCUGGGCAGCGCCACAGUGCAGCACCGCGAGGUGCAGGGCCACGAGUCCGACUGCUUCUACAGUUAUUUCCGCCCAGGGGUCAUCUACAGGAAGGGAGGCCUAGCCUCUGACCUCAAGCAUGUAGAGACCAACAUGUACAACAUCCAGCGACUCCUGCGCAUCAAAGGGAGGAAGCAUGCGUCAGCCACUGAGGUGGAGCUCUCCUGGGAAAGCUUUAACAAGGACGACAUCUUCCUGCUGGACCUGGGCAAGGUGAUGAUCCAGUGGAACGGGCCCAAGAGCAGCAUUUCCGAGAAGGCACGGGCCCUGGCCCUGACCUGCAGCCUCCAGGACAGGGAGCGCGCUGGUCGUGCGCAGAUUGGCGUGGUGGACGACGAGGCCGAGGCCUCUGGCCUCAUGGAGAUCAUGGAAGCUGUGCUGGGCCACCGAGUGGGCAGCCUGUACACCACCCUGCCCAACAAAAGUUUUAACCAGCUGCAGAAGGCCCGUGUCUACCUCUACCAUGUCUACGAGAAGGGUAAGGAUCUGGUGAUCCAGGAGGUGGCGGCCCACCUGCUGACCCAAGACCUACUGCAUGAGGAGGAUUGCUACAUCCUAGACCACGGGGGUUGCAGGAUCUAUGUGUGGCAGGGACUCAGGUCCAGCCAGGAGGAGAAAAAGGCUUCCUUCCGCCUGGCUCUGCGCUUCAUCCAGGCCAAGGGCUACCCGACCUACACCAACGUGGAGGUGCUGAGCCACGGCGCCGAGUCCGCGGCCUUCAAGCAGCUCUUCCGGACCUGGUCUGACGGGCAGCACUCGGGCAAGAACCUCGGACCGAACCGUAAACUGAGUCAGGCAAAGCUGGACAUGGGCCUGCUGCGCAGCCAACCUAAGCUAGCUGCCCAGCUCAGGAUGGUGGACGACGGCUCCGGGAAGGUGGAGGUGUGGUGCAUCCAGGACUUAGACAGGCAGCCUGUGGACCCCAAGCAUCAUGGACAGUUUUAUACAGGCAACUGCUACCUUGUCCUCUACACAUACCAGAGGAUGGGUCACAUCCAGUACAUCCUGUACCUGUGGCAGGGCCACCAGGCCACCACACAGGAGAUAAAGGCCCUGAACAGUAAAGCCAAGGAGCUGGACCUCCGGUACCAUGGAGCCCUGGUGGAAGAGCGUGUGACUAUGGGCAGCGAGCCCCCCCACUUCUUUGCCAUCUUCCAGGGCCAGCUGGUGGUCUUCCUGGGGAGCGCCGCUGAGCACAGUGGCAAGGGGCAGCCAGUAUCUGCCACGAGGCUCUUCCACGUGCAAGGCACCGAAAGCUACAGCACCAGGACCACGGAGGUGCCAGCCCGGGCCUCAGCCCUCAACUCCAGUGACAUCUUCUUGCUGGUCACAGCCAGCAUCUGCUACCUCUGGUUUGGGAAGGGCUGCAGCGGUGACCAGCGUGAGAUGGCGCGGAGGGUAGUCAGUGUCAUCUCUGAGGACAUUGAGGACAAAGAAACAGUGCUGGAGGGUCAGGAGCCUCCCUGCUUCUGGGAGGCCCUGGGAGGCCAGGCUCCCUACCCCAGCAACAAGAGCCUCCCCGAGGACGUCGCCAGCAUCCAGCCACGGCUGUUCGAGUGCUUCAGCCAGAAUGGCCACCUGGUCCUCACGGAAUUGGUAUUCUUUAGCCAAGAGGAUCUGGACAAGCAUGAUGUCAUGCUACUAGACACCUGGCAGGAGAUCUUCCUGUGGCUCGGGAAAGCUUCGAGUGAGCGGAAGCAGGCGGCAGUGGCCUGGGGCCAGGAAUACCUGAAGACCCACCCAGCUGGGAGGAACCAGGCUGCACCCAUUGUGCUGAUCAAGCAGGGCCAUGAGCCUCCCACUUUCACUGGAUGGUUCCUCGACUGGGACCCCUACAAGUGGACUGAGAGUGAGAACAACCAGUCCUAUAGGGAGUUGGUGGAGGGCAGCCUGGAAGCAAGUUCUACCAUCUCUGAGAUAACAGCAGAAAUCAACAACUUCCGGCUGUCUAGAUGGCCAAACAAUAGCAGGCCAGGCUCCGUGGCCCUGCAGGCCCACAAGAGCUCCCAGGACAGAUCAGAAAAUGAUCUGCAGCUGGGCCCCAAGGCGGGUGGUGGCAGCACCAGCACCAGCACCAAUACCAGCACCAGCACCAACACCAGCACCAGCACCAGCACCAGCACCAACCACAGCAGCCCCAAUUCCAUGAGCAGCAAGGGCCUGCCCCGCGAACAGUUGAUGUACCGGCCCGCCAAGAGCCUGCCAAAGGGCGUGGACCCGGCCCAAAAGGAGUUCUAUCUCUCAGACUCUGACUUCCAAGAUAUCUUUGGCAAGUCCAAGAAGGAAUUCUACGGCAUGGCCAAGUGGAAGCAGCAGCAGGAGAAAAAGCAGCUUGGCUUCUUCUGAACCCAGACCCUGCUCCUGCCAGUGCCUCUCACAUGGCCGAGCCCCGUGGGUAACACCCCUACAUGCACCUGAGCCCCAGGGGAGACUCCUGGGUCACCCCCCUCCCCAGCAAUAAAAGCUUGUGGCCUCACAAGGUGUGGUGUGUGGGUUUUCAAGUCUGGAUCACUCAGCAGGUCUACCUCUGGGGAAGGGGCCUCAGGGGCUGGAGGGGGUGGUCUCUCUGUACCCUCCCCCGUGAAAGGAAGGGUUGGUUUCUUGCUGGUCCCUCCUGCCCAGGGCGACAGACAGCGCCCACAAUACAGUGUGCGUGUGGGGAAGGUGGAGAGCGAGGUGUUGGGUUCC